GUGGGGGGUUAUUUUCGUCAUUUUUCGUCGACCCAAGUUAUUUAACGGGAAAAGUGAACAAAAGUAGGCAGCUUCGUCUUGUGGGAAGAAGGUUCUCAAGGUGCUCAAGAAGUUCACUAAUAGGUUUUCAAAAAAGAAAAAAGACUCUCUCUUGAUCGGAGCAAAAUGUGGGCGGCUUCUUGCCUUGCCUCGUGCUGUGCAGCUUGUGCAUGCGAGGCUUGCAGGUCGGUGGUUGGAGGGAUUAGCCGACGUUCAGCACGAAUAGCGUAUUGUGGUCUCUUUGCACUGUCUCUGAUUGUGUCAUGGAUAUUGAGAGAAGUUGCCGCUCCUUUAAUGGAGAAGCUUCCAUGGAUUAAUCAUUUUGCCCAUACUCCCGAUAGAGAGUGGUUUCAAACCGAUGCUGUAUUGCGUGUGAGCUUGGGUAACUUCCUAUUUUUCACUCUGCUUGCUGUGAUAAUGAUUGGGGUGAAGAACCAGAAAGAUCCAAGAGACAGCCUGCAUCAUGGUGGAUGGAUGGUUAAAAUUGUUACCUGGUGCAUAGUGGUGAUUUUGAUGUUUUUCCUCUCUAAUGGAAUUGUCGAAUUCUACGAGGCAAUAUCCAAAUUCGGUUCAGGAUUGUUUCUCCUUGUUCAAGUUGUUCUCUUGUUGGAUUUUGUGCAUGCAUGGAAUGAAAACUGGGUUGAAAAAGAUGAACAGUUCUGGUAUAUUGCAUUGUUUGUUGUGUCACUUGUUUGUUACAUAGGGACAUUUUCGUUCGGUGGGCUCCUCUUUCAUUGGUUCACUCCUUCAGGACAUGAUUGUGGGCUCAACACAUUUUUCCUGGUCACAACUUUGAUUCUUGUUUUUGUUUUUGCAGCUAUUGCGCUACAUCCCAAGGUGAAUGGUAGCCUCCUGCCUGCUUCAGUAAUAUCAGUAUACUGCACUUACCUGUGCUAUAGUGCUCUAUCUAGUGAGCCAAGGGAUUAUGAGUGCAAUGGCCUUCACCAUCACUCCAAAGCUGUGUCUACAGGCACCCUCACAUUGGGUCUUCUUACUACAGUUCUCUCUGUUGUCUAUUCGGCUGUUCGUGCUGGCUCUUCGACUACUCUGUUGUCUCCCCCAAGCUCACCACGUGCAGGUUCAGAGAAGCCUUUGCUUUCGUUCGACAAAUUAGAGAAACAAGAAGACAAGAAGAAGCAUGAGGCCAAGCCUGUCUCAUACUCUUACUCUUUCUUCCACCUCAUCUUCUCUCUAGCCAGCAUGUACUCAGCUAUGCUUCUGACUGGUUGGUCGAGCUCGGUUGGUGAGAGUGGCCAGCUUGUCGAUGUUGGGUGGCCCUCUGUGUGGGUCCGGAUCAUCACUCAGUGGGCCACCGCUGGUCUCUUUGUGUGGUCCCUAAUUGCUCCGCAUCUUUUCCCAGAAAGGGAGUUCUAAUUGCCUUCACCACGACUUCAAUAAAUGGUUUGUGAAAGACUAUACAAAUUGUCGAUAAUCCUCCCUUUCCAUGACUGGUUUGUGAAAUAGUUUGGGAAACUCUCUAUAUUAUGUGUUGUAAAGUGAAUGGGGUAUUGGAUUUGGAGGGCUGGGAUUUUAUAGGUGUGCAAGUGCUUAUUUGAUAUUGGCCUUCUGAGUAGAUUGGAAAAGACAUGAAAGUGAGAUGGGUUUGUUCUCCUUGUUGAAGUUGUGACUUGAUUAUAAUAUUUUUGCUGGCAUAUUGUUGGGAUUGAUAUAUUA